AUGCUUCGCUUCAAAUCUUCUGUUUCGAAAAAAAUCAAGGCACGUGAGCUUCAACGUCGGCAACAACGAGAAAUGCUGAAUCAUUUAUUCGGUGAUUCUGAUACGAUUGAAAGUGAUGAUGAAAUUAAUCCUGAUAGUCAAUCAGCUGAACGUGAACCAAUAAAAUUAUCACCAAGCAUUCCUUCAUGUUUACCAUCGCAUGAAGUAAUGAACUAUGAAAACGACCUAUUUGACAACGUACACCCAUUUGAUGAUUAUUUAUUAGACAUGGACAACAGUAGGCCAUUAUUUAAUGGUAGCUCUAUUACUGUCAAGAAAGCCGUGCAUCAACUUUGCUCUUUCUUCACCGAUUUCAAUAUAAACAAAAGCACUGUUGUUAACCUACUUCGUAUUAUUAAAACACUUUUACCAAAACCAAAUCAAUUACCAACGUCCUGGAAAGGCAUUAUGAAAGUAUUAGGCCGUGCAUCUACAUCAAGAACCACAUUUUUAUGUUCCAGCUGCUUGAAGCAAUGCGAAAAAGGAAUCUAUGGUACUAAAUUAUGUCACAAUGAAAAAUGUUCUUUAAAAAAUCGAACAAUGAAGAGUACUGAAAUCGUCGAACUUGUACAUCUGGAUAUUCGUGCACAAAUUCAAGCUAUUUUGACUAGAAAUCAAUUAUUACUUAAUCGAAAAGAUUUGUAUCCGAUGACAGAUGUUUGUUUUGGCGAGUACUAUCGAACUCAAUCAAGUGGUACAAUUAAUCGUGUUACUUUAAUCGUUCACACGGACGGGGCACCACUUGUUAAAUUAUCAAAACAAAGUAUAUGGCCCUGUUUCGCAUCACUUGUGGAAUUGACACCACCAGCACGAGAAUACCAGAAAAACAUCGUUCUGUUGUCGUUAUGGACAUCGAAAAUGAAACCUGAUCCAAAUAUAUUCUUACAAGAAACUAUUGAAGAACUUAAGUCACUGAUUAAUGCUGGAACAUCAAUUUUUAUUAAUGGACAGGAAUAUGAAAUAACGUUAAGAACACAAUAUUUUGUAUCUGAUCUUCCAGCAAAAGCUCUUUUUUGUAAAACAAUCAACUUUAAUGGCUAUUCAGCUUGCUCUGAGUGUUGCAGUACAGGUGAAUGGAGCACUGAGAACAACGUCGUCGUUUAUCCUUUUACUCGCAACAAUUUAACACCUCGCACUCAUAGUACAUAUCUCAACGCAGCAAAAGAAGCACAAACAAAAUCAAUUCGUGGCAAAGCGGUUUCUAUUGGUGGCAUCAAAGGUCUUUCUACUUUACUACAGAUCUUCGAAUAUCCUUGUCAAAUCGUAUUUGACUACAUGCAUUUAGUAUGUCUUGGACAUGUACCGUCUCUUAUCAAACGUUGGUGCCAAAAUGUUGACAAAUCAGUUGUAAAUUCAAUCGAUGCUUCACUCAAUCAACUUCGUCUUCCACACAAUCUAAACAUACCUUUUUUGGAAUCGGUGUCAAAUGCCGGCCAAUGGAAAGCAAAAAACAAUCGUUUAUUCGUACUGAAUGUGGGAGUGCCUAUUGUUACAUUGCAUCUUCCAAGACUAUUAGCAUCUCAUUUCUUACUAUAUUCUAUGGCAGUGAAAAUUUUUCAUGCUCCUGAAUCAAUCGAGGAGAUCAAUUUGGCCGAACAAGUGAUGAAUUAUUAUUGUAAGACUGCUCCACUUAUACACAAUUCGUCAAUCGAAAUCUUCUCACUUCAUGCUCAUAUUCAUCUCGCGCAACAAGUAAGGCGGCAUGGUGGACUUGCACAUACAUCUGCUUUCGCCUUUGAAUCUUGUAUUCGUUUUAUUCAAAAAAAAGCUCAUGGAAGCAAGCAUCUCGGUGCACAAAUCUCUUACUGGAUUGAUCUUCAAACAAUGAUUCAAACACAACAAGUCAAGGCUCCGACAAUAGCAGCUAUCAAUGAAAUCAAAUGGCUAGAUGGUCGGCUUAGUUCGUAUCAGGCUGCUCUUAGUGGUCAGCUAGCAUCUUAUAAAUUUGAUGUGUACUCAUGUAGUUUCUAUCUCCGAUUCAAACAUUUCUUCGUAACAUAUCAUACAAUUAUUUAUGAUCAAUCCUUCAAAUGCCAAAGUUAUAUUGUUUCGUUUAGUGAUUCUACCCAUGAUUUUAUACAAUAUGGCAAUAGUAUUGUUUUCGUCAAGAGCAACUCUCAUUUCUUUGUUCUUGUGCAGAAGUAUAAGUUAAGUAAAAAAUCGAUUACAGAUUAUGUCGACAUUCCAGCUUCAUUACACUCAAAAAUAAAUCAAUUGUUUCCGUUAUUGCAACUGUCCGAUGAGUUUCUUCUUAUUCCUAUCGAAAUGAUAAGACAUAAAUGUGUGAGUAUUGCAUUUGACGGUAUGUAUUGUUUAUCGGAACUUCGAAUCGAUUACGAACAUGACUAA